GACGACGAAGCGCUGGACGAGGAAGUCGACAUCGCUGUCCUACAACGGCGCCGUGGGGGCGAUGAGGAAGGCGAGCUGUGGCCCGGUACAUUCGUUGGGCAUCCUAUCGCGUUUAUCAUGCCGGACGGACCAUCAUUGGAUGAAUGGACAUUUGGCGUCGUCGCUGGGUAUCACAUGGCGGGGGGUCACCCCUAUCUGCACGUCCGCGGUGACGGUGUACCCGUCAAGCUCAAACUGGAGCAACCGCCGAAUGUUAUCAAGGUCGACUGGGUCAACUACGUCCUCCAGACGGGUGCGGGGCAGAAUGCUUCGGCAGUCAACGCGGAGGAGAUGGUG